UGUACUGGCAAUAAGUGGUAUACUCCGGCUUCAGUGAGCAGUUGUCAUGGCCGCUGCCUGAGCCGAUUAACCUCUUUUAUAACUGGAAGUCUAAAUAGGAUUUAUAAAAGCAGUAUACAUGGCGGCGAAGAAUAGUGCGGAAGAAACGGCCAAAAACGGUAAGGGGUCCGAUGAUAAUGACAACAUGUCAACGACUGAGUACUGCCAGCGGCUGCAGCAGUGGAUGUGGCGCUAUUACAGUGGCUAUGUGAGCUGGCAGAGCUGGGUGUUCUUGUCCCCGCCGCUCUUUCCUCCGCCCUCCGGCGGCUCCGCGUCCGCGUGUGCCGCGACGCCCGUUGACAUCGCCGCCUGGUGUAACCAGAUGAGCAGCCCACCAUCCAGCCGCCGAGCAGCCGCUGCCACAUCCAGCAGCGCGGAGAGAGCACCAGCACAGCCGGCAGGUAGAGAGUACACCAUCCCCUCCCCGCUCCGUAGAUUUCUGGCAGAAACUGUGGAUUUCUUCAUUCUCUUCUGUGUCAAGGCAACCAUAGUGUUGUGGAUCAUGCAUCUCAGUGGAAUGAGAGAUAUUUCCAAAUUCAUGAUGCAGUUUAUCGUGGAGGAGAUUGAUGAGAACACAUCACUGGAGGACCUGCAGAAGAUGAUGGCCGUGGCUUUAGCAUACAGAGUCCUAGUGUGUGUCUAUGAAAUCGUCUGUAUUUGGGGAGCUGGAGGUGCCACCCCGGGAAAGUUCCUGCUGGGGCUUCGAGUCGUCACAUGUGACACGACAGUCCUAGUGCAGCCCAGUCGGGUUUUGGUGGUACCGGCAUCCAGUGUCAGCUUAUCUGCCUCCACAGUACGGGCUUUAAAUAAAAACUUCUCCAUCGCCUUCCUGUUUCCAAUCUUCAUCACAUUACUAUUUUUCCAGCACAACAGAACUGUUUAUGACGUUGUGGCUGGAACCAUCGUGGUUCGGAGGAGAAGAGCCAGAUGACCAGUCUGUGUGUGUGUGUGUGUGUGUGUCAAAAUCAUGUGAAAACAGCAAGUCAGUCAACAGUCAAGCAUCAAGUGCUUACAAAAGAAGUUUUUUGGGAAUAAUAUCCAUAUAGUAUUUUCUGCAGAUUUGCACUAAUGAUCCAUGUACAAAGUCCGGUCACAUAGCUAUUGUUUACAGCACUGAGAAGUAUCUACAUAAAAA